AUGUCUCAAACAAAUUCUCCUAGCUUGGCAAAACCAGAGCAAAAUGAAAUAGAAAUAGUAAUGGAAAAAUCAAAUGAAAAUCCUCAGAUUAUAACUUUAGGUGAUGGAUUAUCUAGUGAAAAAUUAGUUGGAAAAAAGAAUUCUGUAAAAAAAUCUGAACCAAAUGUUUCAGCCAGAGGCAAAACUCUAUGGAAAUUAGUACGAAUGAAAUAUAUUCCACGGCUUGAGUUUCGACUCUGUAGAACUUGUUCUAAUGUACUUUUUCAUAGUACAAGUCGUAUAGUUGAGAAACCAGAUGGAGGUGUGAAAAUUAUGUUUGAACUAUGUGAUCAGUGUGUUCAACUGAACAUGCAUGUUAAAGAUGUUCUAUGCGAAUGGGUAAUUAAGAAAAAAGAAUAUGAAAAAACAAUAUAAGAAAAUAAAUUUAAACUUAAUAUAUCACAAUUAAAUCUUUUUUUUUAAUUAAUUCACAUUUCAAAUAUUUUUUGUUUUAUUUAAUAUCAAAUAAACAUUUUAAUACUUCUAGAUAAUUAAUUUUGUAAUGAACAGAUAUAGGCCUAGUAGACUAGUGUAAUAUUUUUCUUCCUGCGAUUGGCGCCAAAUUACACACUUCCCUUCCUAGGCUGGCGCGGGAAGAUAAAUGUUUGUAGGGAUAAAAAAGUGGGAGGAUUUCUAAGAUUUAAUUCGUGUACUGAUUUGUGGUUUGUUUAUAAAAAUUUAUCCUGGAAAAUAGAUUUCUUCCACAUUUUAUUAAAUAGAUUUACAUUACAGUUAAAA